AUGUUUACAUUAUCACCAGUCGAUGCACUGGAUUAUGCAGCAGUCUUCGAAGAUGCAGCUGAAGAAUUGCAUAUUCUCGGUAAAUUGAUGCCUUCACAUUAUCAAUAUACAGGAUCAUCGGAUGAAAUUGUUCGAAAACAAAUUGGGCGUGUAGUAAGUGCUCAACAUAGAACUGAAGAUGAUUAUGAUGCACAAAUAUCACAACGAAGUCAAUUACAAAAAAAUAAAAAAGAUGAUGAACCUGUACAGCCAGAUGCAGCAGAAAGUCAGAAACUAAUGGAAGAAUUAACUGCUGAAUUAAAAAAGACAACAAAUGAUUUAAAAACAGGUGUUAACAAAAUUAAUCGAAUGUUUAAUCAAAAUCCAUUAACAGCAGAUAAUAUGAAAAAAGUUGAAAAAGAUCGUAAUUAUUUCGAAAAAUUAUUAACAAAAUCAAUUCUUGCGCUGAAUGAUCAAAAAUCUAUUGAACCACUCAAAGUGAUGGUAGAAGAAGAACAACAACUAAAAAAUCAUUUUUUUCAUGUCGUUCGAACUGAAGAAGAAAGCCGUCAACGUAUUAAAGAAUUAACACAAAGUAUUCAAAAUGUCCGUCAAGAAAAAAUCACUGAAUUAGCACGACGUGCUGAAGUCAUAGCUUAUCAAAAAGAUCAAUUGCAAGAAGCAAAAGCUAAAGCACAACUUGAAAUAACCUAUGAAAAGAAAAAAUGUGAAAAUCAUCUUGAACAAAUUCGUGCACGUUGUUCUAUUGCUGAACAAGAUAUGCGUCGUGAACAAGAUUCAUUAGAAAAUCGUUCUGAAGAUGAAAUGAAAUCAAAUUCGGAAACAGAAAAUUACUUGCGUGUUUAUAUCAAGGACACUACUCAAAAAACUGAAGAUUGGCUUGAAAAAUAUAAUCAAGAAACCGCUGCCUUACAAACUCAAUUAGAUAAACUAAAAUCAGCACGUGCAUCAGAUUUAGCAGCAUAUCAAAAAAUUGCUGCUGAUUUUACACUUUAUGAAAAAGUUGUUCGUGAAGAUCGAGCAGAAAAAGAACGUCGUCGUCGACAAUUAGAACGUGAACAACAACAAAUGUUUGCUGCAGUUAAAAUUCAAUCAUGGUGGAGAGGAAUGCUUGUUAGAAAUGCAAUUGGGCCAUACAAAAAGAAGAAAGGAAAAAAAGGAAAAAAGAAGAAAUAA